AUGCCCGGAGUUCUUGAACAUCCACCAGCCCUCUCCAAUCCCGAUAGCUCGGGAGUCGAUUUGGCAGACAAAAAUGGGACCCGCGUGAUGUUCAACGAACAGACUAAUUAUGUCCCCAAGCGUACCAUUAUCACGAUCUUUCUGGCCUGCUCUAGUGUUGACUUGCUUGCUUUGAUGGACCAGACGAUGCUGGCGGCGUCAUUGUCCAUCAUUGGAAAUGCAUUGGGUGCGAGCGACCAGACAUCCUGGAUCUCCGGGGGUACUUUGUGUAAGCUGCCACCCAGAAUUGAUCCCGAAGCUCCUCAAAAAAGACUGCUCUACGGCAAACUUUCCGACAUCUGGUCGCGGAAGUUGGUGCUCUUCGUCGGCCUCGCCAUCUUCUUCUUCGGCUCGCUUGCUGCCUCGCUGUCGCAGACGGUCACCCAGCUCAUUAUAUUUCGAGCAUUCACGGGUGUCGGCGGCGGAGGGCUGAUGACUGUCGCCCAAAUGAUCGUGAGCGAUGUCGUUCCUCUCCGGGAGCGAGGGAAAUACCAAGGAAUCCUCGGCGCUGUGGUUGCCAUUGCGAACGGCAUUGGUCCUGUGAUCGGCGGUGCACUGGCAUCGAUCUCAGAAGACUCGUGGCGAUGGAUCUUCCGGCUGAACCUACCAUUGACAGCCCUCACAACGCUCUGCGUGCUCUUUUUCAUGCCAUUGCGAAAAGUGGAGGGCGAUUGGAGGCUUAAGUUGAAGGCAGUUGAUUGCUUCGGGGGCCUGUUGGCACUUGGAGGCACGUCUGUGUUUCUGUUGGGUCUGAAUUGGGGAGGUGGAGAAUACAAGUGGUACUCGGCACAUGUUGUUGCGACUUUGGUCAUCGGCUUUGCCAUCUCUGUUGCUUUUGUUGCUUGGCAAUGGAAGGGCACGAAGGUACCAUUAGUUCCAAUGCACAUCUUCAAGAGCAGGACUGUCAAUGGAGCUUGCUUGACCAUGUUCGUCAACGGAUGGAACUUCUUGGUUCAGAUCUACUACAUUCCCACCUUCUACCAGCUGGUGUUUGGGUACUCGACGGUCAUCUCAGGCGCGAUGUUGCUUCCAAUUACCUUGAUGCAGACCCUCAGCAGUACUCUCUCGGGUCUUAUCGUUCAUUGGGUCGGUCGCUAUCGUGAAUGCAUCCUAUUUGGCUGGGUCAUCUGGGCAGUUGGGCUCGGGCUUUUCUCAACACUGGAUGAAUCCUCUGGGAAGGCAAAGCAGAUUGGAUAUGGCAUUUUGACAGGUAUUGGUGUCGGUAACACCCUGCAGCCAUCUCUUAUUGCAGUCCAAGCGGGUGUCGAACGACGGGACAUGGCUGUUGUCACCUCGUUCCGGAAUUUUGUCCGAAACCUCGGAGGCACUCUAGGCCUUGCAAUUGCCGGAACAAUUAUUAACAAUAUCAUCGCAUCCUCGAUUUCGGUCCUCGAUCUCGACCAAUCUGAAUCACGGGCGCUCCUCUCAAGUCCACAAACCUACCUGUCCAACCAGCCUGCCGAUGAUGCCAAGCGCAUCCGCAGCGUGCUCAUUCCGGCCUACAGGAAAGGUUUCCGGAUCAUAUUCAUUAUUGGAGCGGUGUUGGCGGCACUAGCGUUCUUCUUGGCAUUCUGGCUCAUGCCACAGAUUGGUCUGAAGCGAGAUGACGACGAAAAGCUGAAGGAGGAGGGGAAGAAGCGGGUCAACGGAGAACUAGACGAGGAAAAGAGGGGCUGA